GUUCUGUGUUCACGGUACUUUAGCUAUUAUUUUUCAAGUAUCACUUAAGAAAAUUAAUUUUUGUAGUAUCUUCUUAUCUAUUUUAUUAAUGAGGAUAUUUACGUUAUCAUUAUCAUUCUAGUUUGUUGUGAUUUGUUGGUCAACAAAUAUUAUUACUUAGUAGUUUUAAGUAAUAUCUUGCGUAAUUAGUUAAACAUAUUACAAGUUACAACGUAACGAAUCCUUAGCGUUAACAAUCUUAAAAUAAACAAGCAAGGUAAUGAUAUGCUGGCGUUAAGAGCUAGUUUUUCUGUAGCGAUCCUAUUAUUAUCAUUAGUUUAUAAAUCUGAAGGCAUCCGAUGUUAUUACUGCAACAGCGCAAACAACACCGCUUGUCUCGACAUCAACAUGUAUGAAGAAGAGCUGCGCUCGCGCAUUAUUCCCGUCAUCGAGUGCGACAGAGCCAUCCCCAGCUCAGUCGCCGUCAACUUCUUCUGCAGGAAGAUCGUGCAAACUGUUUUCCAUCCAACCAGGGAGUCGGAGUUGCGAGUGACCCGCGGUUGCGGCUGGAUGCCCCACGAGAGGGAGUGCUAUAAGGAUGACAAUAGCGACCACCUCGGCACGUACUGCCAAUGCUUCAACGACCUCUGCAACAGCGCGCAGGCGGCGGACCCUGUUGCUGCGACCGUGCUGUUCGUAGUCUUCGCUGCUGUCACUUAUUUGUGGAGUGGAAUAUAGUAGAAUAUAGUACUUAAAUAGU